AAAUUUGACUAAUAACAAAUAUAUAGAUGAUCCAAUGAUAAAAAUAAGUUUUAAUAAUCAAGAGUAGUUUUAUUUUCUAGUGAUUUUUAUUUUUCAAGAAGAUAAAUUGAAUAUUUUUCCAAACAUUGUUAGCCUUCACGUUGGAAGGUUGGUGGUAGUGGCGUCUGAAAUCCUUCCGCUUCUUUCAUUUUAUUGAAGUUUUUGGUUGCACGUCGAGUACUGUGUACGUGUUGCAGCAAAAAUGACCAACUCAAAGGGUUACCGUCGUGGAACAAGGGACUUGUUCUCUCGCAAGUUCCGAAGACAUGGAGUUAUCCCACUGUCUACGUACAUGAAAGUGUACAAAGUUAAUGAUAUUGUCGACAUCAAAGGAAACGGUGCCGUACAAAAGGGUAUGCCCUACAAAGUCUAUCAUGGCAAGACUGGAAGAGUUUUCAAUGUCACCAAGCACGCCCUCGGAGUCAUUGUCAACAAGAGGGUUCGUGGAAGAAUCAUCCCCAAGAGGAUUAACAUCAGAAUUGAGCAUGUUACCCACUCGAAGUGCCGAGAGGACUUCAUGAAGCGAGUCAAGGAGAACGACAGGCUCAGGAAGGAGGCCAAGGAGAAGAAGAUCACCAUCAGGCUUAAGAGACAGCCUGCCGGACCCCGACCAGCGCAUUUAGUGCAAGUGAAAGAAGAGCCAAUCAUGCUGGCACCUAUACCCUAUGAAUUCGUCGCGUAAAUCGUGUCUGUUCUAUAAGUUUAUUAAAAAAUUCUAAAAUCAAAAAA